AUGCCGCAAGCCGCCGCCGUGGGGCGACGCUAUGCCGCAAUGCCCGACAUUGACACUGGCAUCAGCCCGCGGCAUUUCCUGGUCUCUCAGCUCCAGCUGCUCGGAGAGCGGCGGGACAGCGGCGUAUGCCCGAAGCCAAAUUCCCACCGAUGCGAUGAUACGGGCUUCCCAAACGAUUGCUGCCUCGACACCGAGUUCUGCUUCGUCGAUAAAGACUUCAAUUCUAGUUGCUGCGCCAUCGGGAAUAACUGCGCGUCGGUGAAUAUAUGCAUGGAUACAGCACUGUUCUACUGCACCACCACCUCCACCAUCACCGAUGUCACUACCUCUCCCACCCGCCGCGUCUCAUCUGGCUCCACCAUAACCUCCACCCACAGCCCCAACAUUACUGUCUUCCCAGGCUGCUGUGUGCGCCCUUGCUCCGCCGCUUCCGAGUACCAAUGCCCCCACUCCCUCGGCGGCAAAUGCUGCUCCCUAGGCACAACCUGCGUCUCUAACGGCUGCGUCGUAACCCUGCCCCCUACCUCUAGCACAACCACCAGUUCUACCCCCUCCUGCCACACCUCCGAGAUCCCCUGCACCGACGACAUCGGCGGCUGCUGCAACUCCGCCGCCCACUGCACCAUGUUGGGCUCCACAGGCUACUGCGCCACCGGCUCCGCGGCCCCUACCGAGCGGCGCAUAGGCGGUAGCCCGGGUAACGGUGUAAUAGAGCAGCCUCGCGGCGGGGGCGGCUUGAGCAGCGGCGCGAAGGCGGGAAUCGGCGCGGGCGUGGCGAUUGGGCUACUGGUGAUCGGGGCGGCGGUGUGGUGGUGGAUGUCGAGGCGGCGACAGGCGGGUGGGAGUGCGCGCGGGGGAACGGAGAUGGUGGUUUCGAUGCAGCAGGCGAGUACGCCUGGGGCGCCGGGCGUGGCCAGGGGGGCGGAGGAUUACUUUGGGCCGGCGGCGGGGGUUGGACCGUUUACGGGGGCGGAGGGGGCGGGGGCAGCGAGAAGUGGUGCGGUGCCGGUGAGUCCGGAUCAACCGGGGGAUAUUCAACCCGCGGUGGAGAUUGGAGAGUCGUUGGGGCGGCCGACGCCGGUGAGCCCGGGACCUAGAACGCAGCACGAGUACUGGAAGCACGAGGCGAAGACGGUAAAUGAGCAUGUUGAGUUGGAGUGA